AUGAGAAUUUAUAUUUCACGAACAGUUUUCACACCUGACAUUGAACCAGCUGACCAGGAGGGGCCAACAGUGCUGCUGCCAUGUUACUUCAGUGUCGAGUCUGGGACUGUGGAUUUGAAUCAUCUCACAGUGCGGUGGGAAUUCCAGGGAAAUCGUGCAGCUAUGUAUACUGACAACAUCUUGUUUAACACUGAAAAGGCACAGCUCUCUUUGGAGGAACUGAGGAAAGGAAAUGCCUCCCUGGUGCUUACUAAUGCUUCACCAGUUGAUGCAGGGGAUUAUUCAUGUGAUAUCAGCUACAAGUCAGACACCAAACCAAGAGUCACUAUUAGUUUAACCACUCAAGAUGUUUCACCACCAAGCAUCACACCUGGUUUCCAAGUAGGGGACCAGGAGGGACCCACAGUGCUGCUGCCAUGUUACUUCAGUGUCGAAUCUGGGACUGUGGACUUGAAUCAUCUCACAGUGCGGUGGGAAUUCCAGGGAAAUCGUGCAGCCAACUAUACUGACAACAUCUUGUUUAACAGUGAAAGAGCACAGCUCUCUCUGGAGGAACUGAAGAAAGGAAAUGCCUCCCUGGUUGUCAUUAAUGCUUCACCAGCCGACGCAGGGGAUUAUACAUGUGAUAUCAGUUACAAGUCAGAAAGCAAACCAAAACUCACUGUCAUUUUAAGCAUUCAAGAUGUUGCACCUUCAAAAACUACACCCGACACUAAUGUUACAACCCAGCAGGAAAAAGUAAUGCUGUUGCCAUGUUAUUUCACCGUCGAGUCUGGAUUGGUGGACUUGAAUCAUCUUGUGGUUCAGUGGGAAUUUAAUGGAAAACAUUUAGCAAAAUUUAGUAACAACAUUAUGCUCGACAGCAAACAUGCAAAGCUUUCUGUGGAUGAGCUGAAAAAAGGAAAUGCUUCCCUGGUACUUACGGACGUUUCAUCAGCAGAUGCAGGGUAUUAUACAUGUGAUGUCAAAUACCUCUCUGACAACAAACCGAGAGUCUCCAUCACUUUACGUGAAAAUGAUGUUUCACCACCAAAUGUCACAACCGGAUCCCAAGAAAAAGACCAACAGAGACCCACAGUGCUGUUGCCAUGUUACUUCAGUGUCAACUCUGGGACAGCGGACUUGGAUCAUCUUACAGUGCGGUGGGAAUUCCAUGGAAAUCAUGUAGCCAAGUACACUGAUAAUGUCCUUUUUAACAGCAGAAGGGCACAGCUCUCUGUGGAAGAACUGAGGAAAGGAAAUGCCUCCCUGGUUGUCAUUAAUGCUUCACCAGCCGACGCAGGGGAUUAUACAUGUGAUAUCAGUUACAAGUCAGACAAUAAACCAAGAGUCACUGUCAUUUUAAACAUUCAAGAUGCUGUACCUACAAAACCCACACCUGACACCAACGUUACAACCCAACAAACACAUGCAGUGCUGCUGCCAUGUUAUUUCACAGUCGAGUCUGGUUCGGUAGACUUAAAUCAUCUUGUGGUUCAAUGGGAAUUUAAUGGAAAACAUUUGGCAAGAUUUACUAAUAACGUUAUGUUUGGCAAUAAAAGGGCUUGGCUUCCUGUGGAUGAGUUGCAGAAUGGAAAUGCUUCCCUGGUACUCACUGAAGUUUCAUCAGCAGAUGCAGGGGAUUAUACAUGUGAUGUCAGCUACAAGUCAGACACCCAACCAAGAGUCAACAUCUCCUUAAGUAAAAAUGAUGUUGCCCCACCCACCACCACUCCUGGCUCCCAAGGGGCAGACUAUCAGGGCCCCACAGUAGUGCUGCCAUGUUACUUCAGUGUUGAUUCAGGGACGGUGGAUUUGCACCAUCUUGAGGUUCUGUGGCAAUUUAAGGAAAAUCGUGUGGCCAGAUUUGCUGACAACAGUCUUUUUAGUAGCAGAAGGGCAUGGCUUUCUGUGGAUGAGUUGAGAAAGGGAAAUGCUUCUCUGGUUCUCACCAAUGUUUCCCCAGGAGAUGAAGGGGAUUAUACAUGCGAUGUCAAAUACUUUUCAGAUACAAAACCAAGAGUGACUCUCUCUCUUCAUACAGAAGAUAUUGCUUCAUCCACAAUCACUCCUGACUCCCAAGGAGCAGACUAUCAGGGCCCCACAGUAGUGCUGCCUUGUUAUUUCAGUGUUGAUUCAGGAACAUUGGAUUUGCGCCAUCUUGUGGUUUUGUGGCAAUCUAAGGAAAAAGAAGUGGCAAAGUUUGCUGACAACAUUCUUAUUAACAGCAGAAGAGCAAGGCUUUCUGUGGAUGAGCUGAGGAAAGGAAAUGCAUCACUAGUACUUGCCAAUGUUUCACCAGCAGAUGCAGGGGAUUAUACAUGUGAUGUCCAGUACUUGUCAGACACAAAACCAAGAGUCACUGUCUCUCUAAAUGCAGAAGAUGUUGCCCCACCCACCACCACUCCUGGCUCCCAAGGGGCAGACUAUCAGGGCACCACAGUAGUGCUGCCGUGUUAUUUCAGUGUUGACACAGGGAUAAUACAAUUGCAUCAUCUUGUGGUUCUGUGGCAAUUUAAGGAAAAACGUAUGGCAUUGUUUACUGACGUCAGUCUUUUCAACAGCAGAAGGGCAUGGCUUUCUGUGGAUGAGCUGAGGAAAGGAAAUGCUUCCCUGGUACUUACCAAUGUUUCACCAGCAGAUGCAGGGGAUUAUACAUGUGAUGUAAAAUACUUGUCAGACACAAAACCAAGAGUCACUGUUUCUCUAAAUUCAGAAGAUAUUGCCCCACCCACCACCACUCCUGACUCCCAAGGGGCAGACUAUCAGGGCCCCACAGUAGUGCUGCCAUGUUAUUUCAGUGUUGAUUCUGGAACGGUGGAUUUGCACCAUCUUGUGGUUUUGUGGCAAUCUAAGGAAAAACAAGUGGCAAAGUUUGCUGACAACAUUCUUUUUAACAGCACAAGCUCAUGGCUUUCUGUGGAUGAGCUGAGGAAAGGGAAUGCUUCCCUGGUACUUACCAAUGUUUCAACAGCAGAUGCAGGGGAUUAUACAUGUGAUGUCAAAUACUUAUCAGACACAAAACCAAGAGUCACCGUCUCUUUGAAUGCAGAAGAUGUUGCCCCACCCGCCACUACUCCUGGCUCCCAAGGGCCAGACUAUCAGGGCCCAACAGUAGUGCUACCAUGUUAUUUCAACGUUGACGCAGAGACAGUGGAUUUGCACCAUCUUUUCGUUUUGUGGCAAUCUAACGAAAAACAAGUGGCAAGUUUUGCUGACAACAUUCUUUUUAACAGCAGAAGGGCAUGGCUUUCUGUGGAUGAGCUGAGUAAAGGAAAUGCUUCCCUGGUACUUACCAGUGUUUUACCAGCAGAUGCAGAGGAUUACACAUGUGAUGUCCAAUACAUGUCAGACAUAAAGCCAAGAGUCAUUGUUUCUCUAAAUUCAGAAGGUAAAGGCAUCCAGGCAUUACAAAAGGGUCGUGUUAUUAGUUUGAUACUGACUCCAGAGGCAUCCAGGCAUUACAAGGGUCGUGUUAUCAGUUUGAUACUGACUCCAGAGGCAUCCAGGCAUUACAAGGGUCGUGUUAUUAGUUUGAUACUGACUCCAGAGGCAUCCAGGCAUUACAAGGGUUGUGUUAUUAGUUUGAUACUGACUCCAGAGGCAUCCAGGCAUUACAAGGGUCGUGUUAUUAGUUUGAUACUGACUCCAGAGGCAUCCAGGCAUUACAAGGGUCGUGUUAUUAGUUUGAUACUGACACCAGAGGCAUCCAGGCAUUACAAGGGUCGUGUUAUUAGUUUGAUACUGACUCCAGAGGCAUCCAGGCAUUACAAGGGUCGUGUUAUUAGUUUGAUACUGACUCCAGAGGCAUCCAGGCAUUACAAGGGUCUUGUUAUUAGUUUGAUACUGACUCCAGAGGCAUCCAGGCAUUACAAGGGUCGUGUUAUUAGUUUGAUACUGACUCCAGAGGCAUCCAAGCAUUACAAGGGUCGUGUUAUUAGUUUGAUACUGACUCCAGAGGCAUCCAGGCAUUACAAGGGUCGUGUUAUUAGUUUGAUACUGACUCCAGAGGCAUCCAGGCAUUACAAGGGUCGUGUUAUUAGUUUGAUACUGACUCCAGAGGCAUCCAGGCAUUACAAGGGUCGUGUUAUUAGUUUGAUACUGACUCCAGAGGCAUCCAGGCAUUACAAGGGUCGUGUUAUUAGUUUGAUACUGACUCCAGAGGCAUCCAGGCAUUACAAGUGUCGUGUUAUUGGUUUGAUACUGACUCCAGAGGCAUCCAGGCAUUACAAGGGUCGUGUUAUUAGUUUGAUACUGACUCCAGAGGCAUCCAGGCAUUACAAGGGUCGUGUUAUUAGUUUGAUACUGACUCCAGAGGCAUCCAGGCAUUACAAGGGUCAUGUUAUUAGUUUGAUACUGACUCCAGAGGCAUCCAGGCAUUACAAGGGUCGUGUUAUUAGUUUGAUACUGACUCCAGAGGCAUCCAGGCAUUACAAGGGUCGUGUUAUUAGUUUGAUACUGACUCCAGAGGCAUCCAGGCAUUACAAGGGUCAUGUUAUUAGUUUGAUACUGACUCCAGAGGCAUCCAGGCAUUACAAGGGUCAUGUUAUUAGUUUGAUACUGACUCCAGAGGCAUCCAGGCAUUACAAGGGUCGUGUUAUUAGUUUGAUACUGACUCCAGAGGCAUCCAGGCAUUACAAGGGUCAUGUUAUUAGUUUGAUACUGACUCCAGAGGCAUCCAGGCAUUACAAGGGUCGUGUUAUUAGUUUGAUACUGACUCCAGAGGCAUCCAGGCAUUACAAGGGUCAUGUUAUUAGUUUGAUACUGACUCCAGAGGCAUCCAGGCAUUACAAGGGUCGUGUUAUUAGUUUGAUACUGACUCCAGAGGCAUCCAGGCAUUACAAGGGUCGUGUUAUUAGUUUGAUACUGACUCCAGAGGCAUCCAGGCAUUACAAGGGUCGUGUUAUUAGUUUGAUACUGACUCCAGAGGCAUCCAGGCAUUACAAGGGUCGUGUUAUUAGUUUGAUACUGACUCCAGAGGCAUCCAGGCAUUACAAGGGUCGUGUUAUUAGUUUGAUACUGACUCCAGAGGCAUCCAGGCAUUACAAGGGUCUUGUUAUUAGUUUGAUACUGACUCCAGAGGCAUCCAGGCAUUACAAGGGUCGUGUUAUUAGUUUGAUACUGACUCCAGAGGCAUCCAGGCAUUACAAGGGUCAUGUUAUUAGUUUGAUACUGACUCCAGAGGCAUCCAGGCAUUACAAGGGUCGUGUUAUUAGUUUGAUACUGACUCCAGAGGCAUCCAGGCAUUACAAGGGUCGUGUUAUUAGUUUGAUACUGACUCCAGAGGCAUCCAGGCAUUACAAGGGUCGUGUUAUUAGUUUGAUACUGACACCAGAGGCAUCCAGGCAUUACAAGGGUCGUGUUAUUAGUUUGAUACUGACUCCAGAGGCAUCCAGGCAUUACAAGGGUCGUGUUAUUAGUUUGAUACUGACUCCAGAGGCAUCCAGGCAUUACAAGGGUCUUGUUAUUAGUUUGAUACUGACUCCAGAGGCAUCCAGGCAUUACAAGGGUCGUGUUAUUAGUUUGAUACUGACUCCAGAGGCAUCCAAGCAUUACAAGGGUCGUGUUAUUAGUUUGAUACUGACUCCAGAGGCAUCCAGGCAUUACAAGGGUCGUGUUAUUAGUUUGAUACUGACUCCAGAGGCAUCCAGGCAUUACAAGGGUCGUGUUAUUAGUUUGAUACUGACUCCAGAGGCAUCCAGGCAUUACAAGGGUCAUGUUAUUAGUUUGAUACUGACUCCAGAGGCAUCCAGGCAUUACAAGGGUCGUGUUAUUAGUUUGAUACUGACUCAGAGGCAUCCAGGCAUUACAAGGGUCGUGUUAUUAGUUUGA